UGCCGCCGUCGGGGAGAGGCGCUCGCGUCCUCGUGCCUGUUCGGGCGAAACGGGGGCAGGGCAGGCCCGCGCUCCCGAUCGGAGAUCAGGAAGAGCCGGGCGAGGAGGCGCGGGAGCUGGGAUCCUCUCCUCUUUGUGGCUCCGAGAAGCAACAUGGCGUUUCCCCAGGGCGCUUGGGCUCCUUCUCUGGGCAGGGUAGGAGACCGCUCUCCUCCCAGCGGAGUGGCGCCCUAGAAAGAGGCGAAGCUCUCCCAGCGAUGUGAGUGCAAGCGCCGAGCUCCGGGCGAGAAAGCGGGUUGCGAAGCUCCGCUGUUCGUCGAGCCUAGCAAGUGGGUUUUGCUCCGGGAUCCGGGCCACCUGUUACUCCGAGUGCAGCCUGAGCCUCUUGCAGCGAGCGAAGCUUUCUCCCGAAACGGCGCUGCUCCUCUGGCAGUUCGCUCUCGGAGAAAAUGGAGCGCGACGGACUUUCCAGCGCGGACCAGAAGCUGAUCCGGGAGAGCUGGCAGAAAGUGGGCGUCAGUCCUCUGGAGCACGGCAUCGUCCUGUUCACCAGGCUUUUUGAUUUGGAUCCAGAUCUCUUGCCCCUUUUCCAGUACAAUUGCAAGAAGUUCUCUACUCCUCAAGAGUGCCUCUCAUCACCUGAGUUCCUGGAACACAUUAGAAAGGUAAUGGUGGUAAUUGAUGCAGCUGUAACCCAUCUGGAGAAUUUGCACUGCCUGGAGGAAUACCUUGCUAAUCUUGGCAAGAAACACCAAGCAGUUGGUGUGAAGCUGGAGUCCUUUGAGGCUGUUGGAGACUCCUUGCUUUAUAUGCUGGAGAAAUGCCAUGGUCCUGCCUUCAAGCUGAAUGUGCGUGAAGCCUGGACAAAGCUCUAUAGCGCUGUGGUGAAAGCCAUGAGCUGUGGCUGGGAUGUUCCCAGAAAGGUGGAAUAAGCGCCGAUCAAGAUGCUUGGAGUUCUUUGCUGUUCUGAGUCAGGAACAGCUAUGAUGAAAGAGCAUGCUCACCCUUCCAGCUUGAUGUAUUCCAGAGUAAUCCCAACAGCUUUCUUUCUGUCUCUUGCUUACUUUUGCAUUCCCUGUCUUGUGACAGUGUGCUCCAAAAUUCAGCGUAGCAGGUCCAUGUGUAGAGGUGUGUAAAACAUUUCAGUUCAAACUGUUUUAAGCACCAAAUUCUGUGAAACUUCUCACCCAGAGCAUGAGAUAGGCUGUUUUGAAUAUUUUCAAACUGUUAUGAGCUCUAAACAGCUCUUUUGACCUUAAAAUACUUCCAGAAUGCUCAAAACAACCAGUUUUGCAUUAAAAAGAGCAGAUUAACCUUCAGAUUGGGGAGUUUUGUGAAGAUGAAAUGAUUCAAAAUGAAACAUUUUGCAUACCCCUAAUCUGUUUGCAGGGGACAAAAGUGAAGCAACCUGGAACUGUUGCCUGCGGUGACUUUCCUGCCUUUAAGCUCUUUUUUUUUAAUUAAUCAUUUUUAAAGAAGAGAAUGGACAAGUGGGAAAAAAAUUAAUACAAUGUUAUAAUAUCAGUAAGUGGAAAGAGAUGCAAACAUUGUACAGAUAGUGCUCAGUAUAUCAUUGAUAAAGGAUUACCCAUAAAAACCAGAAUAAUUAAGUUAUUUUUAACAAAAAAAAGAAAAGGGUUUUAAAGAUCUUUUUAAAUCUCUGAGCUGAAUGCUGGUAUCUCCACAAGCUCUUUAUUCUCUGUCUCUUUAUAAAGAGUGACUGCAAAUAUUUUUUUUAGCAGAGAAAGGCUACUGGGCUACCAGUUUCUUAGGGUGGAGAGCUUUAUAUUCCUUCUGUAAAGUUAAUGAACAGUAUGGGCAUUUCCCUGGGAUUAUCUAAGCAGUUCAGUUUUUUCAAAAAGUGGGUUAAUUCUCCUAUACAGUAUACAUUGGGGCUGCAAAAAAGUUGGGCUUUUCAAAUGCUUGGUCUCAAGUUAUAAUUUAAAAGCCAGUAGGUAUGCAGUAGCUGCCAGUUCCUUUUGUGUAAAAAUAAAGUCUUGAAGUGAAAUUAUAACUGAUGCGGGGAGCAGCUUGGGAAAGCUUCUAGAAUUUGUCCUGAUUUCUAGCUGAAGAGAUCUGUACCAUCACAUCCAUUUCUGACAAUUGCUAGGUUCUUAUAUUUCCUCUUCCUCCCAAGGCACUGUUUUUACAACCCUAUGGGUGCCUGUGGAAGGAAAGAGAAGAAAAGGAUGACCAACAGCAAGUGGAUGGAUUCAGUUACAGUAGCAAUGGAAGA